AUGGAUUCCAGUAUCGACCUGCAUCCAGUCUUAGGUGAUGGUGGUGGCAUGUUUUUUAUCUCGUCUUUUCCACCACGAGAUCCCGAUAUGUUUGAAAUCACACGUCCAUCAUCUGUUGCAAUAUUACGAGGUCCAGAAUUUACAGAAGAUAGUGUCGAGUCUUCAUGGCACAAGGACAAACUCUCGAUCAAGCACUCAAGUCGCUACUCAAUCAUUCGAUUAUUCUUUGACUCGCUCGUGCUCUUGAUUAUUGCUGCAGGUGUCAUAUUAGCUGCGUACAUGCCCAUAGGCAUUGAAAGCAGUGUCCGUCGUGGAGGAGCUUUGCCAUAUAUUUACGCUGUAUUUGUAGCAAUUGCAGGCUAUGAGUAUGCAUGGCUGGCUUAUCGUGUUCGGCGGAAGCUCUUGAUGCCGUUUAAAUUAUAUGAAAAACACACAUCACGAGAAAUGUAUCGACAGAUGAUUGCGUAUGCAGUGGAUGAAGAAUCACGGGCAGUUACGUGGAUAGCUGAGAAACGAUUUGGUGGAAAUGAACUACUUGCAGCAGUUGGGUUUUCCUUUCUUGCUGCAGGAGGAGCAGUGGGUUUGGCUUUUGUGCCGGGAAUUACCCACAUGCCUGUGAUUUAUGUUGGAGUUUGUACCUUUGUGGGUAUGUUGUCGGCUACCUUGGCACCAAAUACACCGACAGCAGUGUGCGUGAUUAUCCGUUAUACGUACUUCUUUCUUUCAUCGUUGAACGUGGUGCUACGUACAUAUACGAAAGAACCGAGUGUUGUGGGUGGUAGUAGUAUUUUUGAAGGACCAGACAAUCGACGCACCAUGGACAAGUAUUUAGCAAUGGUGGUGGAGUCGUACUCACUUUUGCUGCUUGCUGUGGGCUUGUUGUUGAUGUCCCGUGCGGUAACGAGCAAAGACUCAAUGGAAUUGGCCCUUAUGAUCGUGCUCGAUAUCACCGGUCUGCUUUACUUGAGCUGCUCUGCAGUCGUGCUAGAGCUGUUCGAGCAAUCGACUCGAGUUCAUGCCAGUGGCGCAUUGGCAGGAUUCUUUGUUAUUGUGUGGAGCGCUGAGUUUGGAGCGUUCCUUACGGAGCGCAUUCUGAAGGCGAUGCACUUUUCGCAGAUGCAUCCAUUUUCAGUGGUGUCAUCUCAACAGAACUUUGAAAGACUGUUUGGGGCGAUCGGCUUCGCAGUCGGCGCUGCGGUCCUCGCUGCCGAUUUCGUGGAGUUUGACAUGAACAUUGAGCUCGUCGCGUUAGUGUGUGUCGCUGCUGUCGUAUGUGCUCAUAUAGGCAAGCUUUUUCUUGCGAGCCUCGAGAAAAUUGCCAAUGUUUCCGAAACGGGGUCAUACUUACGUGUAGGCGGUGGUGUGCUUGACCGCCUGGAUACACUGCUGUUUAUGGCAGUUGUGUUUGCUCCGUUCUUCCACCGUGAUGUCUACAAGCAACCACAAUGGUGA